AAAGAAUGAAUCUAGACAGUAGACUGAUGAUAGAGUACGAGAUGUUGCGUCGCAACAACGACUCAGAACCAGAGACCAGCGCUUUGACGGAUCAGGAAAUACAGGAACUAAAAGUAAAAUGGGUGAAAUUACUAGAGUCGGACCACAAAGAGUUGUUCGCGAGGAUAAAAGCACGCGAUCACACCCAAGUAGAGAAGAUUUUAGCUGAGAAAGGCACCAAAGUGGAAAUCAUCCCGAAACUAGGGUGUCCACCGAUACACUACUCAAAACUAAACAUAUCUAACAAAGAGGAUGAAAUGAGAGAAAGUCCACUGAUCAUGGCAGCAAGAGUUGACCGUAGGAUGGUUGAGAUAAUCCUUAAAUAUGGUGGGAAUCCAAAUCAAGGUAACGAUAAGGAGAACCCGCUAAGCGUAGCGGCUAACAGAUACGACAGAGAAACGAUAACCACUCUUCUCCGAGCGGGAGGUAGUCUCGAGGAUGCUGUUUUGAAGUUGACAUUACCUCUGAGACAUGUAUCUGAGAAGCAGAUGAAGGAGAAUAGUGAGGCGGGCUAUUGUGUUAAACCUCUGACAGUCCUGUUGACUGACGAUGUUUACUUAAAGUGCAGGUUCCCGAUUAAGACAGCCUUUAAAGUCUGUAAAGAUAUUAAGAAGAUAAGAAAGGUAAGGAAUGAGUUUGAGAUAGAGUUCGAGCUGCUGAUGCAGGAGGCGGAUACUUUUGCGUACGAAUUUCUCGACCAAUGUGAUAAGAUGACGGAAGCUAAAGAAAUCUUAUCUUAUCCAGUGAAUUUACUGAAAAUGGCCAUCAAUCAGAAAAAGAAGCAAUUUGUGUCUCAUCCAUUUAGUCAACAGCUAAUAAAUGAACGCUGGAAUGGAGAUUUGAACAACACGCUUCUUCGUGGUAAAACCAUCAUAGCUUUGAAGUACACCACAAGCCCGAUAACGCUACCUUUGCUCUUUUUGAAGUUUAUCCUGUUUGAUCUUCCCAGAAGAAUCAAGUUCAUGAAGUCUGAUUUCACAAAACUCUUAAAGUUGACAUUCACUCCAUGCUUGUGCUUCAUCACAGACGCACUGAACUAUUUGACUUUCCUGGCGAUAGUGGUAUGCGUCUGUUUAUUUCCUUCAGAUGGGAAAUACCAUCUUGGUACUUUAGACUACCUGCUAUAUUACUGCGUUCUCGCGCGCAUUAUCAAUGAAAUUGAUUUCCUCGUGCAGCAAGGUUGGAGAGGGCACUUCCGGAAUUUCUGGAACAUCGUAGAUAUAACGAUCGUGCUACUGCUAUGCGUGGGUGCCAUCUUCAAAGGACUUAUCCACUACAGAGUUGACAGUCUUCUUAUGAAACACGCCAAUAACUCAAAAGAAGGUGGGCACAUCUAUUACAGACAGCUGGAAGAGAACCUGAUGCUAUCACAUCAGGACUCCAUGAUGGUUAACUACAUAUACGCGGUCACGGAAUUUAUCCUGACGCUACGAGUCCUGGGUCUGUUGGAAAUAUCUAAAUCACUUGGUAUGAUGUUGAUUGCUCUUAAGUACCUGGUGAUCGAUGUUCUCAGAUUCGGUAUCAUAUUGCUAACAGUCAUAUUCGGGACAUCCAUAGCGAUUUACUCCAUGACGAUAAGCAUUCAUCAGUGGAACAAGGAGCUGAAAACAUCUGUGGCAACACUGUUUGAUGGAGCAGAAAACUACACCUUCUCCCUGCUACCCUACAACAAAGCUCAUCCUGAGGGCGAGGUUAAAGGUCCAGAUGUUUUUGAGACCUUCUCUGAUACGAUGAGGAAUAUAAUGUGGUCCACAUUUGGCCUUCUUGAUGUUGUGAAUGUGGCAGUGGAACACGAAAAAGCAACAAAAGACUUCAUCAACAUCAUUCUUAUCCUGUACGUUCUCCUAUCAUGUGUUCUACUGCUGAAUAUGCUGAUAGGAAUACUCGGGAGCACCUUUGAUAGGAUCAAGGAGAAUUGUGACAUAGAAUGGAAGUAUGCUCGCAGUCAACGUCUCAAGGAAUACAGCAGAGCGCAGCCUCUCCUCUUCCCUUUCUUCACCUUGCUCUUCCCUUUUGUCAUCUGGUUCCGGGGGAGGUUGAAUGAAGAGAGGAGGAGAGAAAGGGAGAUUGGUACCAGUCUCAGGGAUGGUACCGAACGAAAUAAGCUGAUUAAUGCUGUUUGUGACAGGUUCGUAUUCGCAAAUUGGGCUGAUUCUAGAGGAAAAUUGUUUGAUUCCAGAGGAAAAGGGGAAACGUUUGAAAUGAGGACGAAGCUUAGAAAGCAGAGCACGGUGCUGAUGCAGUUUGGUGGUAAAGGUAGAAACUGAUGGAUGCCCUGCUUACAUUUUGAAAAGUUAACGUCUCAAUUUAGAAUCGUUCUUUCAUUCAAUUUUGGUACACAACUGAACAUUUGCAUUGCGUCG